UAAAGCAAAAUUAUAUAAUAUGUAUUAUCCGCUCUUUGUUGAGAGAAUGGGAGAGAGGUGGAAUAACUGUUUUCACCAUAGAUUAUUGGCAAUCUCACAAACUAAUACUGGAAAGAAUAUUCUAUAGGCAAACUUUGCUUCCAAUUAAGCUGUAGUUGGUCAUGAACCAAGAAAAUAUUAACCCCCUUUUCUUCCCUCACUUCCUAAAUUUUUUGAAGAACAGACCUCCUUCUUCUUAGCUUAAACUCAGAGCAGGUCAACUGUCCUGGAACUGGAGAGGUGAAUCCUAGAAGGACACCCAUGUGAUCAACUUUCAGCAACCUGGAUGGCACAUGAAAAUUUGGGCUGGUCUGGGAUUCCCUGCUCGGGUUUAGGGACUAGGAACUGAUCUUCCGUCAGUUCCCUCUCUGCCCCACCAGUGAAACAUCACAUAUAUAUAUAUAUGUAUUUAUAAUCUCUUGCUUUUCUUGGUCUCGUCUAUAAAAAGCAGAUCACCUGCUUUGUUCAAGGAUGUGGUAUUAGGCUAGAUAACUGGAACCCAUUUGAAACAUGUGAAAAUGUAUAGCAUUUUCUUCUUUGGGGACAUUUUAACCAUCUUAUUAAAGAAAAGCCAGACUUUCUUUAAGUCUGGAUACUGAGUCGUCAAUUUUUUAAUAUACAAAAUUUUUUUAAAUUUUUAAAUUGAAGAACUUCCCAUGGCGAUCGGGACUAGCUUUUGACAACACACGGUUCAUAGAGGGGAAUCCAUAUUGGAUAAAACUCUAAAAUAAAUGAAUAAAGAAAGGAUGCCUGGGUGGCUCUGUCGGUAAAGCGUCUGCCUUCGGCUCAGGUCAUGAUCCCAGAGUCCUGGGAUCGAGUCCGGCAUCGGACUCCUUGCUCAGCAGGGAGCCGGCUUCUCCCUAUGCCUACCAUUCCCCCCCUGCUUGUGCUCUUUCCCUCUGUAUCUCUCUGUCUUUGACAAAUAAAUAAAUAAAAUCUUUUUAAAAAUUAUUAAAAAAUAAAACAUAAAAUAAAUGAAUAGAGAAAAACAGACUAACAUUAAUUCUAAAACCUCACAGUUUUCCAACUUUUCCAAAAGUAUGACCUGAGAAUAACUGCAGAUGAGCAGAGGACAUUGCUCCUUUUUUGUUCCUGACAAGUGUAGCUGCUAAAAGGCUGUCAGUAUUUUAAUAACAAGACAUCAUUCCCAUUUUAAUAGCUUUAUGUAAAUUUUCAUACCCACUCUGAAGGCCAUGGGGUUUCUGGACCUGUGUCUCGGUUGAUGGUACAUGAAAGACCCUUUUUGCUCUAGCUGCGAAUAAGGCGAAUUUUAUGCAUAGUGGGAGUCAUGAUCUAUGCGUGUUGGUUUGGGGGAGGGGAGCUAUUUUUAAAAAUUCUAUUUCCUGAUAAAAAUCUUAUCAUCUUUGUAGUUGCUGUCAUUCUAGCUAGGUAAGUGUUCUCAGGAGCUGGCUCAUAAUCUCUGUUUUGGGGAUCAGUGGUCUGGGAUGGAAGAUGGGAGUGUUGUUGGAGUAGGAAAGUUGUAAAUUUGGAAUCAUCACAACAAUGGGCUUUUUUUUUUUUUUAAAUGGUCUUUUACUUACCAAUGGGCUUCUUUACAGAAUUAUUUAAAGUCUCAAUUUUUAUUCCCAUUUAAAUGCAGUAAGAAACCUGGCCCUUUAAGAAGUGCAAAGGAAAACAGGUCACUGGGUGGUAAGUUUCUCAACUGAUCACCCUGGCUUCACAUUUGGGGUGUAUUUUGGUUGUCUUGCGCCUGAAAUCUUCAGUGCUCCUCAGGUUGUGGUGGCAUUUGCAUCAUGAUGCUAUUGUGGGUCCUCUGUGGAUGGAAGCCCGGUCUGCAGACACCUGCGGGAGGAAACCACAGAUGACUUCUGCCAGGAUCUAAUUCUCCCCCAUACUCCUGGCAAAUUAAAGCCGCGUUUAGCAGCAUGGUUCCAGGGCACUGGCAGGGCAAGGGUUGGCUCAUUCUCUUACAGACACAGUGUAGCUGGAUGCACUCAUACAUGAAAAAUGAUCUGAGUGCUGUGGGUGGGGCCCUCGAGCUCGGGAGGUGAAGCUGGAGGAGGAGAGAGCAAAUCUGCUUCUAAGCUCAGGAGGGCAUGGGGAGCGGGCAGGAAGCUGGAGCACACGCUGGCAUGGCUCACAUUUUUGUUGAUAGCUAAUAGCCUAGAACUUUAAAGAACUGAAUGGAGAAGGGAAAUGAAGCACAACAAACUUUGGAGCCUGUCCUGGGCAAGCGGCUGUGAGACACAGUGGAGCGCGCUCACGAGAUCAGCUCAGAAGCAGUUACCUGGCUGAGCAGUGCUGGAAUGGCGGCUUUAUCUACCUGAUCAUGCUGCGCCGCUUCAAGCACAAAGUCCAUUCUCCUUAUAAUGGCAACAGUAGCAACAGCUCUGAACCAGGAGAGACACCUUCCUUGGAGCUGGGUGACCAAACUGUGAAAAAGGGGAAACGAGCAAGAAAGUUUGGGGUCAUUUCCAGGCCUUCUACCCAGAAGGCCACUGAAGAACCCAAGAGCAGCCCUGGCUGUGAGUUUGACAAUGACCCCAUCUCUGAGCUGGACAAUGGCCCAGACCCUGAACUUGGAAAUGGUCAUGCUUUUGAGCUAGAAAAUGGCUCAGAAUCUCUCAAGGAGCUGGCCGGAUCCCAUCUAGACAGUUCAGAAGCAGACAGAGGGACAGAGCAUAGCAUUCCAAAGACAGAUGCUUCUCUACCCACAAGCAAUGACAAACGCCGCUUCUCAAAAUCUGGGAAGACAGACUUCCAAUCAAGUGACUGCCUGGCACGGGAGGAAGUUGGCCGGAUAUGGAAGAUGGAGCUGCUUAAAGAAUCGGAUGGGCUGGGAAUUCAGGUUAGUGGAGGCCGAGGAUCAAAGCGCUCACCUCACGCUAUCGUUGUCACUCAAGUGAAGGAAGGAGGUGCCGCUCACAGGGAUGGCAGGCUGUCCUUAGGAGAUGAGCUGCUGGUAAUCAAUGGUCACUUAUUGGUGGGGCUCUCCCAUGAGGAAGCUGUGGCCAUUCUCCGCUCCGCCACUGGAAUGGUUCAGCUGGUAGUAGCCAGCAAGGAAAACUCUGCCGAGGACCUCCUGAGAUUAACAUCUAAGAGUUUGCCUGAUCUGACCAGUUCAGUAGAGGACGUGUCCUCUUGGACCGACAACGAAGACCAGGAGCCAGACGGGGAAGAAGACGAAGGACCCAGCUCGUCUUCUGUCCGGGGAACAAUGCCUGCGUCAGAUGAGCCCCAAGAUUCCGGUGGCCCCGAGGAAUCCAAGGGAAACCUGGAAAGUCCCAAACAGGGCAGCAGUAAAAUGAAGCUCAAGAGUCGUCUUUCAGGGGGUAUACACCGGCUAGAGUCUGUUGAAGAAUAUAAUGAGCUAAUGGUGCGAAAUGGGGACCCCCGGGCCAGGAUGUUGGAAGUCUCCCGAGAUGGCCGAAAGCACUCUCUUCCCCAGCUACUGGACUCCACCAGAGCAUCACAGGAAUACCAGAUUGUAAAGAAGUCCACGCGCUCCCUAAGCGCCACUCAGGUGGAAUCUCCUUGGAGACUCAUUCGGCCAUCGGUCAUCUCGAUCAUCGGGCUGUACAAGGAAAAAGGCAAGGGCCUUGGCUUUAGCAUUGCUGGAGGUCGAGACUGCAUUCGAGGACAGAUGGGGAUUUUUGUCAAGACCAUUUUCCCAAAUGGAUCAGCUGCAGAGGAUGGAAGACUUAAAGAAGGGGAUGAAAUCCUUGAUGUAAAUGGAAUACCAAUAAAGGGCUUGACGUUCCAAGAAGCCAUUCAUACCUUUAAGCAAAUCCGGAGUGGAUUAUUUGUCUUAACGGUACGCACAAAGUUACUGAGCCCAAGCCUCACGCCCUGCUCAACACCCACACACAUGAGCAGAUCCAGCUCCCCAAACUUCAACACCAGUGGGGGCAGCUCAGCGGCAGGCUCUGAUGAAGGCAGUUCUUCGUCCCUGGGUCGGAAGGCCCCUGGGCCCAAGGACAGGAUUGUCAUGGAAGUGACACUCAACAAAGAGCCAAGAGUUGGAUUAGGCAUCGGUGCCUGCUGCCUGGCUCUGGAGAACAGCCCUCCAGGGAUCUACAUUCACAGCCUGGCCCCAGGCUCAGUGGCCAAGAUGGAGAGCAAUCUGAGCCGCGGAGAUCAAAUCCUGGAAGUGAACUCGGUCAACGUCCGCCAUGCUGCUUUAAGCAAGGUCCAUACCAUCCUGAGCAAAUGCCCCCCAGGACCUGUGCGCCUUGUCAUCGGCCGGCACCCUAACCCAAAGGUUUCCGAGCAGGAAAUGGACGCAGUGAUCGCACGCAGCACUUAUCAGGAGAGCAAAGAGGCCAGCUCCUCUCCAGGCUUAGGUACCCCCUUGAAGAGUCCCUCUCUUGCAAAAAAGGACGCCCUGAUUUCUGAACCCGAAGCCUCCCAGGACUUGGCCCACGGUGUCCCAGGCUCCCUGCCAGACCUCAUGGUGGCCGGCUCUGAGGACGAGGACUCCCCAGGCAGCAGCCGCAGCACCUCCGAGGACGGUGGCCUGCCAGCUAGCACCUCUACUCACAAGGAGCCAGGAAAACCCAGGGCCAACAGCCUCGUGACGCUAGGAAGCCAGCGGGCCUCUGGGCUCCUCCACAAGCAGGUGACGGUUGCCAGACAAGCCAGUCUCCCUGGGAGCCCGCAGCUCCUCCGGACCCCACUCCUCCGCCAGAGGAGGGUGGGGUGCUACAACACAGACGAUGCCACCGACGAGGGGGAGUUUGACGGGGAAGGGGACUGCAUUUCCCUCCCGGGGACCCUCCCCGGUCCCAGCAGGCCUCUGGCGGAGGACGACUCGAGGCACGUCCUGAUGACCUCUCCCAAGGUCAUGGGUAUCAACAGCCGGGGGGCACAGCCCCAGAAAACCAUGGUCAGCAAGGCCUCAGUGCCUCUCCUCCGCAGCUCACGGGACUCAGAGGAGAGUGUCGCAGAGGGUGUGGGGGACACUCCUCCCCAUGCAGCCAACCUGCUGGCCUCUGCAGCAGCCCCCAAGGGUGGCCCUGGCUGCUCGGGGAGGAAGGAACUAUCAGGAUCGAGGAGUUCGCCCAAACUGGAAUACAAAGCCGACAUGGGCAGCCCGAGUCUGGGCAACACAGAGACCCCCAGGUCCGCCCAGCAGAAGAAUGACAGCCUGGGGUCCAGGCACAAACCAGUGGCCAGGGUCAGCCCACACCACAGAAGGCCCGAGGCUGAUGCCAGGCCCAGCGACUCAGCGACAGUACACCCGACCGACGGAGUCGACGACCCGUGUGUCCAGGCCACUUCCGUCGAAGAGACCAGGACUGGUGUUCAUCCAGGGGGAGCUGUGGAGAAGGAACCUCUGGGGAAGCAGACCAUCAGUGAUGGGCGUGUCCCUGCCAACUGGGGGCCUGCCGGUGCCCCGCCCCACCCAGAUGCUGGCCGCGGCACUGAGAACCUGCUCGAAGCUGCACCAGAGCAGGGGCAACAACCCGGGACAGGACUGGAUGGCCCCCCAGACCUCGUCCCUACUCCAGGGCAGAAGGGGGCAGCUCACCCUGACCCCAGCGAGACAUCAGUGGACACACAGCAAGCCAGGCGGCCUGAGGACCCCGGAGAGCCAGUGUCACCUAGGGUUCCGGAGUCUGAGGACAGAUGUCAAGUCAGACUCGCCCCAGAGCACAGCUCACCCCCCGGGAAGAUGACAGCGGCUCGGCAUGACUUCGGCAACACUCCAGCAGCCCCAGAAGCCAACUCGCCCAGGAAGGCAGCGCCCCACAGGGGAGGACCUGAGGCAGACGGAGCGUCUCCAGCUAGUACCGUCCUGUCCCGAGACCUCACGUCCCAGGAGGAGAGACCGAGAGUUCCCGGUAACCACAGCAAGACUCUGCAAACGGGAGUCCUCGUUCCUGAAAACUCCCAGGGCUCUGCUCUGCUCAAGGCAACAGACUCUGGGUCUGAGAGGGCCCCGCAGGCCAGCCCUACCCUGCCGUCCCCUGCUGACAAGGCUGACGGGGUGUGCGGCAGUGUCUCGGGCCACUGCUGCCCCAGAGAAAGUGGGGGCAGUCCCGUAACUGACAUCGACAGACUCAUCAAGGAGCUGGAUGCUUCAGAACCAGGACUUCAGUCUCCUCAGAAAGGGGACCGGCUGAGUCAAGAGGGACAUUCUCAGGGCCAGCCUCCAGCAGGAACUGGAAGCGGAAGUUCCCACGCUGCUGAGCCAGUCAUGGGGAACCAGACCCCCACCCCGAGGAGGGCCUGGGCAGCUGCUGGCCAGCCCCCUCACCCACAGUGGGCCUCCCAGCCUUCGGUUUUGGAUUCCAUUAAUCCUGACAAACAUUUUACUGUGAACAAAAACUUUUUGAGCAACUACUCUAGAAAUUUCAGCAAUUUUCACGAAGACAGCAUGUCCCUGUCGGGCCUAGGUGACAGCACAGAGCCAUCUCUCUCAUCCAUGUAUGGUGAUGCGGAGGACUCGUCUUCUGACCCUGAAUCACUCACCGAAGCCCCACGAGCUUCCACUGGGGACAACUGGUCACCUCCUUGUUCUCAGGGGUCUUCUCACAAGGAAGACACUACGGAGUCUGAGGAGGAGCAAAUCGAGAUUUGUUCUACAGAUGGCUCCCCCAACCCCCCCUCAACCACUGCUCAGGCACCUGUCCAGGCUGCAACCUGCCCUGUGUUGGCCAAAGUUCUGCCAUUAAAGCACAGUGCUCUGAGUCAAGUGGUGGGAAAUCCAUGUGAGAGAGCGUCCUUUGUGCCAAGCACCUCAUGCCCUUCAAUUCCAAACUCUUCCCAGCCAUUUUCUCUCCCGGAUAUAAGCUCUCGGGAGCAUGAACUUGAUGCAGACAGAAGGAUAUUACAGAACCCCAGGCCCCCCUGUGUAGAAGAAACCAUGGAAGCCGCCAGCACCAGCUCAGCCGUGGAGAACGGCCAGCCUCCUAAAGGCGCCAGGCAUUUUCACAACCUCCCGGUCACUCUCAGCAAUCUGAACAUGGUAAAUGGUUUAGAACAUGACCUGCUGGGUGACAAAACCCCAAAUAAAAAACAAGAGACAAAUGUCAAUGAAGCUGAAAACCGGUCCGCCUUCAGUGUGAAUGUCCCUAAGAAUGGAGAAUCCGUUUUGACGAAUCUGCACAUCUCCAAAAGUCAAGACAUGGAUGACGUGCUCCAGAAACCAAAAAUGAUCUCCAGGAGGCCCAUCAUGGCCUGGUUUAAAGAAAUAAAUAAAAAUAACCAUGGUAUGCAUGCACAGGGCAAAACUGAAAGGGAGCAGCCCGUGGUGCCCGCCAGAAGCCCUGACUCCAAAAGUCAGGGGUUAAGUUCCAGCCACAAAAAGGGGGUUGCUGGGCUUCAGAGCCCCCCUCAGCCAAAAGUGAGUCUGGAAAAUAAAGACCCACCUAAAAAAGGUUCAGUGGAAACACUUUUAAAUAACUGUCAGAAACCCAAAUCCGGUCCUAAGCUGAAGAGACUGAGCAUCAAAAGCAAAAGCAAAGUCACUUCGGAGGCCCCUGCUGCUCCUAUGGCCAAGGCUGGUGGGAUGGACCCCAGGAAACCCCUCAUUUCACCCCAGACCUCCCACAGAAUGCUUCCUAAGGGCGCGGCCCCCCGGUUCCACACAGCCGAGCACGAGGAGCCGGACAAGAACGCCCCAGCCCCCCCCAUGCCCCCCCAGUGCGUGCUGGAGAGCCGGCCGCCAAAGCCCCCCACGUCCGAGGCGAGCAUCACAGCCUUCGUUUCACCCCACGCCUCCCCCAAGACUCUUCCGGAGCAAGGUGCGGGCCAUCGAUCCCAGGCGGCUUUCCACGCAGAGCCCGACAGAGCCCGCGCGGCCGCCGCCGCCUCUCCCCGCGGUGGACCAGAGAGCAGGGCGCCCCCUGCGGCCUCGGGGGGCAGCGCGUCCAGGGCCACAAACGGGCAGGAGGUGCCCCCUCCCGGGUCCAGCCAGCCGGAUCCAGCGCCAGAGGCCACCCAACCAGGGGUGACUGGUGACAAAGGAAGCGAAGUAAUUGCUGGCGAUCCCCUAGAAAGAACCAACCAGCUGAAAAUAAUUGAAAUUUCUUGUGAAAGAAUGCCAAAGGAUGCCUGCGGUGACAAGCCGGCCGAGAGUGGCAGACUAGGAGGGUUCUGGGUCCAGAGCAACUGUCAGGAGAAGACUGAAAUCAGACCCUGUCACCAGUCACUGGAGCCGUCCCCAAAUCCUCCGUCGUUGCUCCCAUCUCGUGCCUCCCAGGUGGGGCAGGAAACCCAGCGAUCUUCCAGGAUGGCAAAACUGGCCUCUUCCUCCUCCUCCCCACAACUGCCUGCUAAAAAGGCAGAUUCCUCCCAGGGGAAGGCGAGCCAGGCGUCAGGCUCCCUAGGGAUGCCCAGGAAUGGCACAGCAGGGGACCCAGCGCUAGAUGACCAUCUGUACUUCACGCCAAGGCCAGCCACCAGGACCUACUCCAUGCCCGCCCAGUUUUCAAGCCACUUUGGCCGGGAGGGCCAUGCCCUGCACAGCCCAGGUCGCUCUCAUCGGGACAGCCAGAUCCCUGCAACGAGUGGGGGCCUCCUUGAGGCCAAGGCCUCCAGAGGCAGUGUCCUUGGCCUGGCUAACGGACAGGGUGUGUAUAGCGUAAAGCCCCUUCUGGAGACAUCGAGGAACCUUCCGACCACAGACGAAGGGGAUGUCCUUUUGGUGCAAGAAAGGAGCUGCCUAGUCACAGACAAAAUCAAAGUCACCAGAAGACAUUACUACCCUGAGCAGAACUAUGAAUCUACCUCAUUUUUCUCUGUGAAGCAGAGGAUCAAGUCUUUCGAGAACCUGGCCAAUUCUGACCGGCUGGUGGCCAAGUCUGGGGCGUCCCCCUUUUUGUCAGUAAGCUCCAAGCCUCCCAUUGGGAGACGGUCGUCUGGCAGCAUUGUCUCCGGGAGCCUCAGCCACCCUGCUGACCCCACAGCGAGGUCACUGAGACGCAGCCUGAGCUCCUGCAGCGAAAGCCAAAGUGAAGCCAGCACGCUCCCCCCCCAAAUGACCAAGUCCCCGUCCAGCACGACGCUGACGGUCUCCCGGCAGAACCCGGCGGGAGCCAGUAGCAAGGGCCCUGACUCAGCCCCAAAGAAACCACUUGGUCCUUCUGGAAGUCCCACCCCAGCUGCGGCUGCAACCUCUCCCAGCAAGAGGAACAAGUCCUCGGUGCGCCACAGCCAGCCCUCGCCCUUACCCCGCUCCAAGCUCCAGGAGCUGCGAGCCUUGAGCAUGCCCGACCUUGACAAGCUCUGCAGUGAGGAUUUCGCAGCAGGGCCUGCCGCCGUGCUCUUCAAAACGGAGCUGGAAAUCGUCCCCAGGAGGUCGCUUGGCUCUCCUGCUGCAGGCCUCAGUGGGUCCACUGCCCUUUCAUGCCCCAUGAAGCGAGGGGACUGGGCCUGUCCAGGAGGAAGCAGCCCUAAAGCCAGUGAGCCUGGGGCACCCAGUUCAGCCCAUCAUGUGGGUGAAACCCCCCAGGAUCUGCCUUCUGGAAAAGGCUGGUCGGUUAACUUGGAUCAGCUUCUCAUCUCAGCAGGGGACCAGCGAAGACUGCAGUCUGUUUUAUCAUCAGUGGGGUCCAAAUCGACCGUCCUAACUCUCAUUCAGGAAGCGAAAGCACAAUCAGAGAAUAAAGAAGAUGUUUGCUUCAUCGUCUUGAAUAAAAAAGAAGGCUCAGGUCUGGGAUUCACUGUGGCAGGAGGGACAGACGUGGAGCCGAAACCAGUUGUGGUGCACAGGGUGUGUUCUCAGGGGGCUGCUUCUCAGGAAGGGACUGUGAACCGAGGGGAUGUCCUUCUGUCCGUCAAUGGCGCCUCGCUGGCUGGCUUAGUCCAUGGGGAUGUCCUCAAGAUUCUGCACCAGGCACAGCUGCACAGAGAUGUGCUCGUGGUCAUCAGGAAAGGGAACGAUCGGCCCAGAGCCUCCAGUGGGCAGGAAGCCAGUGGGAAGGGCGCGCUCUCCAGGAAGGCCAGCCCGCUGGAGCCCAGUGUAGGGAGAAGCGUACCUUCACAUGAUGCGCUGUGUGUCGAAGUGCUGAAGACCUCUGCUGGGCUGGGCUUGAGUCUGGAUGGAGGAAAAUCCUCUAUGGCUGGAGAUGGGCCCCUGUUCGUUAAAAGAGUAUACAAAGGUGGUGCAGCUGAACAAGCUGGAACAAUAGAAGCUGGAGAUGAAAUUCUUGCCAUUAAUGGGAAACCCCUGGUGGGGCUCAUGCACUUUGAUGCCUGGAAUAUUAUGAAGUCUGUCCCAGAGGGACCCGUGCAGCUGGUAAUUAGGAAGCACAGGAAUCCUUCCUACAACAGGCACCGGGAGUGACACUCACUAGUGGUGCUGGUUACAUUUUUUAACAAGAAUCUCCUUUUCUCAGUUCCCUUACUUUAGCAAAUCAGAAUAACUUCUUUAAACAGUGGGUUCCUAAACAGUAUAGGCAAGGACUAUAAAAAUCUCCAGGUUUUUACUCCUAAAAGAAGAGCUGACCUCUGUGUGCGACGGUGAUGACCUCUGGAAGCCUGCUCCCCGGACCACGAGGCCAGGAGGGAUGCUUUUGCUCCGGUGCCUGUCCCCUGCCUUUUAGGUUCCCUGAUGGGGAUACAAGAUGUGGCAUGUCCUUCUCCAUUCGAAACACCAACUUAAGACCUUCGCAUCCCUCCCCUCCUUGCUCACCAUACCCAAUCCUGGCAGUGAGGGAGCUAACCCGGUCUGAGGGGCAACACCAAUGUCACAAGUGAAGGACUACAGUUUUAUAUAGUUUUGUAAGUAAAUAAGAGAACGCUUUUAGGCACAUUCAGUGGAAGGAACUGUAGGUCUGUACGUUAUGGUGAAAAGAAAGUGAGACUUAAAAAAAAAAAAGAAAGAAAAAAUCAGUUAUGACCUAACAGUUAAGCUGAGCUCAGGAAUUAUCCAAAAAUGACAAAGCAAAAUAACAAAGUGGUAUUUUUUAAUGAGUGUAAUGUGCAAUGUAUGGCUGCAGAGUUCAACUCAGUGGAUUACGGAUCAUCAUGAAGUGCUGAUCGUGAUCUGAAAGUGUAAGUCGUAAGGCUAUUUUACAGAAAUGCCGUUCUGAUAAACCAUACUAAAUAGCCAUGAACUUUGCUGCUUAGAAUGAGCAGCAAGUUCCAGCUCCGAAAGCACCUUGCAUCUAAGUCGGAACUGGUCUUGAAUAAGUGCUGGAAUUCAAGACCAGUCAACACAGGAGUGGGCAGAAAUACUACAGUCACUGGGUUUCCAUUUCUAUAUUUUACACACUCCAAACACUAAUUUAAGCUAAAUUUUUAGAAAUCUUUUUAGCAUCCUUGGAUUUAUAAACAUAGGCAUUACAUUUACAACCCCAAGGGCGGAGCUUAAAAAUAAUCCUUUUAGGGGUCUUUGGGGAGGGUUGGUUGGGUCUUCCCCUUGCCCAACAAGCAUAAGAAUAGCCCCUUUCUGAGCACUGGCCCGCUCUUCCUGACCUGGGUGUAAGGACGCCUCUGCAGUGACGGACGUGUUUGCUGCUUUUGUUUUCCUGUUCUGCAAACUCUUCCUUAGGCCAAAACUAUUUCCGUGCCGAAGACUGCCGUGCCUCACACUGCCCGUGAAACUCGUCCCGGCUGCUCUCCUGUCAAAGCAUGACUUCUUCCCAGUAGCUGCUCCCAGUCCCAAAACUGGCUUUUCUCCUCCGUACUGGCACCUUCUUUUCUUAAAUUCCAAACCUCCAUCAGCUUCAUUUACCAAAAUGAAAGAAGACAACAAUGGGGAGUGCGGGUGAGUCACUCUUUCAAGGUAAAGAAGCAGAACUGUGUCGCACAACCCAGAUCCGAGGGGGAAGCAGACCAGCUGCUCGAGUCCUGGGAAUACGGGUGAGGACGCCAAACCUGCGUGCAUGAGGAUGCCCAGGUUUUAUGUUGGACGCUUCUUUCAAUAACCUACAGCCUGGGUCUAUGGCUUAGAGAAAAGAACUGAGGUCACUGUACACCCCCCGCCCCAAUCAUGGAGAUGCUUGAGCUGUCACCUUUGUACAUCGUUCUUCCGAGUGACUCAUCCCUUACAGAAAACCUCCAUAGAGUUGGCCCACAGGGGUCUCUCAGAUGAGAAUGAAGUAUCUGGCUGGUGUGAGCCCAGAUUUCUCUUUUUUUUUUUUUAACAGGUUAUACAAAAGAGAAUGUGGUACAAAAGUUAGCUAGAAAGACCUGAUUAAUUUAGCUUCUACUUUUCACUACACUUCCAGGUAGGAUACUAUAGGCAGUCAGUGCAAGGUGCAUGCUAGAUUGUUUUUAAGUUUCUGGGGUCAGUUGUGUGGUUUCUGCUUUCCUGCCUAAAUGGUAAGAGAAUAUUUGCCUCCCCUCUUCCAGCUGUGCCUCCUAGUAAGAAAUUCACAGUCCUAUGUGAACAGACCGGAAUUUCUAGAGCAAUUUGGAGCAAUGCAACGUCUCUCAUCAUCGUAUCUGGAGAGUGCAAGGGUAGACCUUUCACUCUACUAGCCUAAAGUAGGCUGAAGUCAUCAUUUCUAGUAGAUCUUGCCAGAAGGGUUUCCCUGGCCAACAGCUGGAACUUAAGGGAGAAAGCAAAAGGCUAAACUAUCUCUGACCCUAAGACAGAAAGCUACUUAUUUGUCUUCAAUGUUCAAGGCAUGGCUAGUAUUUCUAAUUAGUCUAAUUCCCACACUUCCUGAAGUGAGCACUAAUGGUAAUUAUAUUAUCCUACUAAAAAAUUUCAUUGUUUUGGUUUUCUAAUUCAUCAGUCAUCCACAAUAAGCUAUGAGGGUAAAUACGUGUUAUAACAAGUAAACUGUAGUUGCAAGGAUAUUCUGUGAAGGUUGAAAUAGGUUGGGUUGCAUUUCUGUCCUCCAAAACACAUCUCAUUUAAUUUUAUGGUUGACUUAAUUGGCACCACACCUGUUGUAUGAUAUUCUACAUUAUCCUUUAUUUAUGUAAAAUAAAAUGCCUUAUAUAUUAUUGAAGAGUUAAGUGCAAUAAUAUGAAAUAGCCUGUACAUUUUUAAAAUGUUGUCGCCAAGUUAUGUAAAUCCACAUCUCUGUAAACAACCUUUUUUAAGUAAUUUUAAAAAAAUAAACACGGCUUACUACUUGU